UCUCCCACCCACCCCCCAAAAAGAGAAGAUCCCCUCCCCAGGCCCACCCCUUCCCCUCUUCCCUCCCCCCUCCUCCCGAACUUUCCCUCUCGCAUGCUUUUCCCCUGCACCACGGAUCGCCUCUCCGAUGCCGCUUGCCUGGAAGCUGCGUUAAGAGCGAGCGGCGGCGGUGGCGGUGGCGGCGGCGGCGGCGGCGGCAGCUCGGGAGUGCUAUGACCGGCAAACUCGCCGAGAAGCUGCCGGUGACCAUGAGCAGUUUGCUAAACCAGCUGCCUGACAAUCUGUACCCCGAGGAGAUCCCCAGCGCGCUCAACCUCUUUUCUGGCAGCAGCGACUCGGUAGCCCAUUACAAUCAGAUGGCUACAGAGAAUGUGAUGGACAUCGGUCUGACCAACGAGAAGCCCAACCCGGAACUCUCUUAUUCGGGCUCCUUCCAGCCAGCCCCUGGCAACAAGACCGUGACCUACUUGGGAAAGUUCGCCUUUGACUCCCCUUCCAACUGGUGCCAGGACAACAUCAUUAGCCUCAUGAGCGCCGGCAUCUUGGGGGUGCCCCCGGCCUCUGGGGCACUCAGCACGCAAACCUCCACAGCCAGCAUGGUGCAGCCGCCGCAGGGGGAAGUGGAGGCCAUGUAUCCGGCGCUGCCCCCCUAUUCUAACUGCAGUGAUCUCUACUCGGAGCCUGUGUCUUUCCACGAUCCCCAGGGCAACCCCGGGCUCGCCUAUUCCCCCCAGGAUUACCAAUCGGCCAAACCGGCCUUGGACAGCAAUCUCUUCCCCAUGAUUCCUGACUACAACCUAUACCACCACCCCAACGACAUGGGCUCCAUUCCGGAGCACAAGCCCUUCCAGGGCAUGGACCCCAUCCGGGUCAACCCGCCCCCUAUUACCCCCCUGGAGACCAUCAAGGCAUUCAAAGACAAGCAGAUCCACCCGGGCUUUGGCAGCCUGCCCCAGCCGCCGCUCACGCUCAAGCCCAUCCGGCCCCGCAAGUACCCCAACCGACCCAGCAAGACCCCGCUCCACGAGCGGCCCCACGCGUGCCCGGCGGAGGGCUGCGACCGCCGUUUCAGCCGCUCGGACGAGCUGACCCGGCAUCUGCGCAUCCACACGGGCCACAAGCCCUUCCAGUGCCGGAUCUGCAUGCGGAGCUUCAGCCGCAGCGACCACCUUACCACUCACAUCCGCACGCAUACGGGCGAGAAGCCCUUUGCCUGCGAAUUCUGCGGGCGCAAGUUUGCGCGCAGCGACGAGCGCAAGCGCCACGCCAAAAUCCACCUCAAGCAGAAGGAGAAGAAGGCGGAGAAGGCGGGUGCGCCUUCUGCGUCCUCGGCGGCCCCGGUGUCCCUGGCCCCUGUGGUCACCACCUGCGCCUGAGGCUCGGGCCCCCAGACCACACUUUUCCCCUUCAGUGUCUCCCAGCUGCUGGCCUGAAUGCAGCCGGAAAGCUAGCCACGGAGGCGCAGGGGCCGCGCCCUGGCCUCUCCAUGGACGUAAGGCCCCUUGUUUCCCUUCGCUGUCCCCCGUUUCCACCCUCUCACACCGGCCAGCGGUCAGGGGCCAGGGCAGGAGGCGCCUUCCCCUUGCUGCCCCCCAUUAGCCAAGGCGUGGGGGCCGAAAGGUGGCGUCUAGCCCGCUUUGUUCAGUUGGGAUCGUCUUGAUCCAGGGGCCGCCGGGCCGGGCCAAGGACCUGCGGGGGACUGAAGGCUGGGCCCGCCCAAGCCUCGCUGGACCCAAGCACCUCACGGUUCCCCCCACGUCUCCCUCGGUUCCCCAUCGAAGACCCGAGAGGGGGAGGGGGUAAGGAGCGCACCAAAGCGCAGAGCUUGCUGCCCGCCGCACGCACGCGCGCCUGCGUGCGGGGAUGCGCGCGAGUGUGCGUGCUCGCGUGAGUGUAUGUGUGCGUGUUUCUGUGUGUGUGUGUGUGUGUGUGUGUGUGUGUGCGCGCGCGCGCGCGCCCGCACGUGUGUGUGCGAGACUCUUGAGCUGAACUGGGCUAUGUCCACCCCAAACUCUUCCCCACCUCGGGUCCCCAGGCCGCUGGGGGCCUGCACGUGGCGGGACGAGACGGUCUUCCAUCUGCUCCGAAAUAAUGUUUCUUACAGAAAUGCCUCGGGUGCCGCCGCCGCGGUGCUGCUACCGCAGCUUAGGGUUUGGCCCCUCAGAAUCCCUCCUUUUCCGAGCGCUUCCCUCUCAAGGCCUCAGGGCAGUUUGAUCUUCGGGGAGAAGCAGCAGCCAUCACUGAACCUGCCUUUAAAAAAAAUGUGUUUCCUCGGCCCCAGAGAUUUUUAAAUCUCUGUUCCUGAGUUUGCCCUCUGCCCUUUUUCCCCCUCCUCUCCUUCCUCCCCUCUGAGCCUUUUCCCAUCUCUUUCCAAAUCUUUUUCCAAAAAGGCAGGCCUCAACCAACCACCCCAUUGUGCCAUCUUUUUGUUCUCUCACUCACAUACCCAUUUCUCUUCCCACCAUUAAUGGGAAUGCAGCCUUUUUUCCCCUCUCUCUCUUUGUCAUCACCAACACAACAGGUAGAAUUCAAAUUUAUGAAUAUGGUGUGUGUGUGUGUGUAUGUAUGUAUAUA